AUGGGCAGCGAGAGUAUAUGGCGUCGUGGCAAAUCUGUGUUCUCUAGCCAACGUUACCAUGGUGUUCCCAGCGACCAAACCGAGAAAGCAAGGCCCAAGUCGUCAAAUUGGAUAGAAGGACAGGACAACGUCGAGGGGAAUACAGAAGCAGAGGCUAUUGAACACAACUCAUUCGAUCCCCAGAAGCCACACUGGAUUAACGGCGUCUUUCUGUGUGCCAAGACUUCUGCCGUUUUGCUUCUGCUAAAUCUCAUCUUCAUUGCCGUCGCUGCUGGACUAGCCAAUCGAAAUCCGGAGAAUAAUGGAUUUUCCAGUAUCCAAGUAAUGUACCAGGGCAGCUGUACCUUGUCCAAACGAUGGAACAUCGCCUUGCACUUUAUAAUCAACGUUCUAAGUACUGGAAUCCUGGGUGCUAGCAACUACUGCAUGCAGUCACUGGUUGCGCCGAGUCGGGAAGAGGUCGAUAAAUACCAUGCACAAGGCCGGUGGCUUGACAUCGGCUGCUCGAGUGUGAGAAAUCUCUUUGUCAUUGGACAAUCUCGGCUCGCUCUGUGGCUGGUGCUGCUUGUCACGGGGACGCCUUUUCAUUUACUGUACAACUCGAUGGUUUUUGAAUCCGUGGCUGUAAACGAGUUACAUGCUGUUGUUGGACCUAGGGACUUGAAUUCUUCCAGCAUCGCGAGUUUGAAGACUCCUGCACUUGAUCAGUGUUUUAGCAUAACUCCGAAGUUUCGUGGCGGGGAUGCUGCCGUAUAUCAGGGUGAUGAUAUAGGCACAGCUGCUAUCAGAACCCCGGAUUGGCCGGAUACUGGGAGUGAUGGGUAUCCUGAGGGUGAGUUGAACUGGCAUGACUUUGCCUCUGACAUUGCGCGGGGGAACUACGAGCGCCUGGACCUUCAGCAAUGUCGCAGUCUUGAAAGCUUUGGAGAUACCAGGGGGGCAAAGGUGCUCGUCAUACUCGCGAAUGAGUUAUCUGUGAGCCAAGGUGGAGCUACUACGAUGCUCUCGAUAAACCAAUCGAGUCUCCCGGAACAGCGCAUUGCGAUCUCCAAUGACGAAGUGGAUGGGUCCGAAUUCGCUCGCAAGACCUUGAUGAUCAAUAUCCUUGACUCUGGUCGAGUCCAUUACUACACAAAUGACAAUUUUACGUAUGAAGCCUGUCGUGACACUCUGGAUGAAGAUUCCUGCUCAAAUGCCCAUCUUCUGUUUGACUGGGCGAACCAUGAUGUGGACCAGCCGACCCUCGAGAGGGUGAAUCAAUACAUCCAGGCUAACACCACAUCUGACAUCACAGCUAGUGGCUAUGUAAUUAUUUGCGACGAUACUUCAAUGAAUGAAGAUAAGCUUUAUACCGUUGAUGGAUGUCUUGUGAUCAGAUCUGAAGAGCAAUGCCAGCUGCUCUAUAGUCCACUGAUUUGCAUUAUAAUUGUUCUUGCGACUUUCCUCAAAGUCGUAGCAAUGUUCCUGGCAGCGAGAGUAGACCGUCAUCGAUCGGCACCUCUACUCACCGUGGGCGAUGCGGUGGCGUCAUUUAUGGAGAAGCCAGAUUCCACCACAGAGGGAAUGUGUUGGCUAUCCAUCGCCGAGGUCCGUCGGGGAGCAUGGAAAGUGCCCCAAAGGACAGAUGACCCUGCUGGGGAACCUUUGGCAAGGAUCUCUCAGCGAGAGUUGAUGGUACACAAGCGGUUAUCGCGACGGAAGCACUGGAUGAAAGGCUCAAGCCUCCCAUGCUGGAUAACGACCCUCGUCUUAUGUUUGGCAUGUAUUGCCGUCGGAGCAUUCCUCUUCGAGCAAGCUCUCCCACCGCUAGACAGUCCUGGGUUGACUCCCGGCGUCCUCCAUAACCUGUGGACAGCAGGAUUCUCCGGCAUCCCCGGGUAUAACCCAUUGAUCGACCUAAAUAUAACACUGUCCGCUUUGAGCUCUGUGGUGAUAGCCAAUAUACCACAACUGGUCAUCACAGUCAGCUAUUUUUUCUACAACAGCGUGUUGACUAGCAUGCUCGCGACUGCCGAAUACAGCUCCUACGGGGCAAGUCCAAAGCCCCUUCGCGUGACAUGGCCUGUAAGAGGCAGUACACAACAGUCAACGUACUGGCUGUCCAUGCCAUACCGGUACGGGGUCCCCCUGCUGGUGAUCUUCACGGUGCUUCACUGGUUGGUUUCUCAGAGUAUCUAUUAUUUUCGGGUCAUGGCGUAUGACUGGACUGGCCGACCGAUUUACCGUUUCUCGAUUAGCUCUCUGGGUUAUAAUCCUCUGGCUAUCUUCAUUUCUACCCUUGUGGGUAGUUUGAUGGUCUUUGUGUUGCUUGGACUAUCGUUCAGAAAGUUAAAAUCUGAGAUGCCGUUGGCGGGAGCUUGUAGUGCUGCGAUAAGUGCUGCAUGUCAUGUGCCCAGGGGCGAGGACUUGGAUCAUGCCGCUAGGGGGUCGGUGACGUGGGGAGAAACAGUGGCGUCGCCAUCCUUGGUUGGGGAUUCUGGUGGAAUUGAGGAUGACAAGGGACAUUGUAGUUUUACAUCUUUGCAGACAGUGAGACCUUCGUUGAGCAAGAUGUAUGCCUAG